AUGAAUACCAAAUCAGGUGGUGGUAUUAUUAGCGGUGGUCCAGCUGCAAAGGCCGCUCCCAACUCUAAUACCAUCUCAUCAUCAUCAACAACUGCUGCUGCUGCGGCUGCUGCCUUGUGUGGAUCUCGGCCCUCUGAAAGAGUGGCAGCAGCGCAGAAAUGGUUUCUGCAGCGAGAGGCCGUUUUGGAUGCGUGUGCGUUGGCGACAAGUGCGACUACAUCUGUGCAAACACGACGACGUGGAGUGCGGGAGUGUUCCACGCAAAUAAUGAAAUUACUGGAGGAUCUUCGUCAAACCUGUACAGCUGAUAAUAAUAAUAUUAAUAUUAACACUAUUAAUAAUAAUAUAAAUGCAGGAAAUGAUAUGGGAAAGGGAGAUGGGAAAGAUAUCACAACAACAACAACGACGACGACGACCAACACUACACGAGGAACAACUGCUGCUGCUGGUUCUCUGGAUAAUAAAUGUAAAAAUGAGGAACAAAUGGCUUGGAUAAAUGCCAUGGCAGAGGCGAAUAGUGCUUUAUUUCGAACGGAAUGUGGAUUGGAGGUGGAGCCCAAUGAGUUGCUCCUUCCAUCAAAUGAUGAUGAUAAUAAUAAUAAUAAUAAUAAUAAUAAUAAUAAUAAUAAUAAUAACGAUGGCAGUAAUCAUGCAGAGAUAGUGCAGCGACGAUUACAACCGCUCCAACGACUCUUAACAGCAACAAAGGAUCUCCGACAACUUCCACAGUAUAAUAUAUUGGUUUCAGCGGCGGGAAAAGGAAGUACAGAGGCCACACAUAUUCCCGCUCUUGUAAAGGGUCUUCAAGAUACCAUGGAAGAGUGUUUACGUUUACUGGAGCAAGAUUAUGCGAAUUGUCCACGAUCUGCAGAUGUGAUUAUAGCCUGGGCAGAGUGGGCCCAACCACUGGUUCGUUUGGUCUCGGAAUGUCUUCGCAUGACUCCAUUAGAUCGCGUGGUGGAGGAACCGAGAGAACGUCUUCGUCGUGUGACAUUUGAUGUGAAAGAGAAACAACGUGAACAGGAGGAUGCGGUGACGGAUGGAGAUAUGGUGCGAUCGGAACAAUUAUAUUUUGAAAAAACAGCACUUUUAGAAACCAUGCGUCCUUUAUAUGAUCAAUUGGAACGGGCAAUAGAAGCACAUAAACGAGAGGCAGGCGAGGAACCGUUACAUCGAUUACGAACAUUGGUACAGGAAUUAACCACAAGACAUGCCCCACCAUUAAUUGCACAACAACAACAAUUAAAAAAACGUGGAUACAGUGAUUUGGAUAAAUUAACAGCUCGUCGAGAAGAAGUACGAUCCACUCGACAUGCCCAACGAGCCGCUUUUAAUGUCUACCUCACGGAAUGGGAUAAACUCUUUGCCGUGAAUCAACAACAACAGGAGGGAUGUUUACGGGCGAUGGAGGAAUUGGAACAACGAUUACGACAUCUCUGUGAGGAACGGGCCUGUUUGGUGGAAGAUCGAUUGGAAAUGAUGACACAAGAAAGACAACGUGCAGAUGAUGCGGCGGCGUUUAUUGCAUUUGCAUCUACACAUGAAAAUGCCCUGCGGUCCACAAUGCUGCAUGUGGAACAAACGAUAUUCUGUGCACAAAGUAUGCAAGAUGCACUUCGUAGUGGUUAUCAACAUUUACAACGACAUUUAAUAGAAGCCGUACAACAGGCAGAUGAGGCACAAUUGUUAGAAGUCCGUAAAGAACGAUUGGAACACUUCCGUGGACUUUAUUUAACACUUGGGGAAUUGCAAUUUAAAAAGGAACGACAUGUGGAGGAGUUGGAUAAACGGAUUGAGUAUUAUCAUGUUCAGCAGGAACUUGCUAUGGAUACCUUUAAUCCACGUGCAAAGGAAUUCAGUAAGGCUAAAAAAGAUUUAAUGGAAGUUCGAGAUACCGUUCAACAACAGGUGGAAGGUAUUGCACAAAGAGCCGCUAAACAAUUGGAGGAAUUUGCACCUACAGAGAAAUUGUUAUUGGCAUCUGGUGUGCAGUUCCGACAUCCAGUGGAGGAAUUGGCGGAAAUGAAUGCCGUGCGAACACAGAAACUACUGGAAUAUCAUUCAUUAAUGUCUACUAUGCAGGAAGGCCGUGGAGAAGGGGAUGAGGAGGAAGAAGGGGGAGAAGGAGGAACGAAUAACCCAUUGACAGGAGUGGUGAAGGAUGGGGAAUCUAAACAACCCUAA